AUGAUGUUACCGAGCCCCGUCACCUCCACCCCUUUCUCCGUCAAAGACAUCCUCAACCUGGAGCAGCAGCAGGACCCGCGCUAUGGGGCCCAGCUCCCGCACCACCUGGAGCACCACUUCCACCCCGCCGCCUGCCUGCUGGCGGCCGCCGACGGCGCCCGCUUCUCCGACGGCGAGGAGGAGGAGGAGGAGGAGAAGCUGUCCUACCUGAGCCCCAUGGCAGCGUCCGGCGGCCAGGCGGACGCGCGGAUCUCCGCCGACAACUACGUGCACGCCGUGCUGCGCGGCUCCUGCGAGGCCCCCGGCCCGGGAGAGGAGCUGGACACCGCGGCCCGCGACCCAAGUGAGUAUCGGCCCCGCCGCGCUGCCCCGCCCUGCGCCGCCCCGCCGGGACGGGCCCGCGCUCGCUCCCCGCGGUGCGUUCCCAGCCCGCUGGGCACCGCCCCGCGAAGCCCCGGUGCCCGCCGCCGCGUCCCUUGGGCAUGUCGAGCCGGGACUGGCACGUCGUGGGGCUGCCACCGCCCGCCGCCGCUCGCCGUCCCCCCCCCGUCCCCCAACGAGAAGCGCCUCCGCAGGGCCCCGAUCCGGAGCUGCCGGAUCAGGCCCGCGCUCCGCAGUUUCGGUCUCCCCGGCCGCGGCGCUGGAGCUCCCAAAGAUGUUUGCAGCGGAGCCGUCUCGGAGCCGCCGAGAUGGACGCAGCCCGGGGGCUCGGUAUGCCUCCCCCCUCGCCCAGCGAUGCCCACCGUGUCCUCCCCCUGCCCUCCCCGUGCGUGUCGUUCGACGGGCCCUCCGCCACGAGCAGAGGACCAGGUUUUGUAG